UCAGGAUGCAGGCUGUCGUAAAAUCUCAGAGAAGAAGAAGGCAAACUUCUCUGCUUGUAACAUUUAAGAAGUGGAAUACUCUAUGGAAAUACUUUACAAUGGAUGAUCGUCAACUGGAUCUCACCGAAGAGCAAAUAGCAAUCAAGUCCAAAUACCCAGCUAUCAAUAAGAAAUAUGAAUAUUUGGAUCACACUGCAGAUGUACAACUCCACUCCUGGGGUGAUUCCCUGGAGGAGGCGUUUGAGCAGUGUGCCAUGGCGAUGUUUGGUUAUAUGACCGACACAGAGACCGUAGAGCCUAUUGAUACGGUGGAAGUAGAGUCAGAAGGGGAAGACAUGGAGUCACUUCUAUUCCAUUUCUUAGACGACUGGCUGUAUAAAUUUAGCGCAGAUCUUUUCUUCAUUCCAAGGGAAGUAAAAGUCCUGCACAUUGACAGAAUGCGCUUCAGAAUCCGAUCCAUUGGGUGGGGAGAAGAGUUCAGUCUACCCAAACAUCCACAGGGAACUGAGGUCAAGGCGAUCACAUAUUCAGCUAUGCAAAUACACGACAAAGACAAGCCAGAGAUCUUUGUCAUUAUUGACAUCUGAGGAUGGAAAAUUUAAGCUGUCAACCAUCAAGAAAACCCAAACACAUCUAUUCACAUUUUACUUGUGUUUGUGAAGGAAAAGAGUUAACUUAGUAAACAUGGUUUCCAUGCCAUGCACUUGAUUGGACAUUGGACAUAUAUAUUCUCAUUAUUUGGUACCUUUGGUACAAUAUUCUCAUUAAGACCAUGUGUAUGCUAUGUAUAUACUGACAUUGAUUUGUACACUGAUCAAUAUUUAAUAAAAUCAUUUAUAUAACUAGUAAAACAUUCACUUUUACCACAUAUACAGUCAGCAACCAAGAAACUCCAAACACACAUUUACUUCUUACUUUGUAAAAAAAAAGAAAGAAAGAAAAGAAAAACAGGCAUUACUUAUAAGAUUGGUUUGUCAUACACAAGUUUAAUCUGAUUUUGCAAACAUGUUUUCCACAAGAGGUAUGGUUUUUCCUUUCUUUAUAUUCUGAUACUUUGGCUUUGGGACACCUCAUGAUCCUCUUAUUUAGACAUUACAAACAUACAAAGCUAAACUUUAAUGUAAACUUUUUAAACACUUUUUUUCAUCACACCCUUUCAAUUUAUAUAUGGAUCCAGGUGCAUCUCAAAAAAAUAGAAUAUCAUGGAAAAGUUCAUUUUUCCCAUAAUCUCUCAAAAAGUGACUCUUUCAUAUAUUACGGCUUACAGCUCAUGGGGGAAAAAAACAGUAUCUCAAAAUAUUACAAUAGAGGUUAUAAUACAGAAAUGUCGACCUUUUGAAAAGAAAUCUUUUGAAAAGAGAAAAAAAAUCUGACCAAGAAAACUUUUCCACGACAUUCUAAUUUUUUGAGAUGCACCUGUAUGUCAGAAAUGUCAUUACAGUUUAAACUUUAAAAAUUCAAGACAAAAAGAAAUACUAUCCAUUCUGGGAUUAAAUUCAAAGAGACUUUGAUUGAUUGAUUGAUUGAUUCAAGAGACUUUGAAUUUGGUCUGCUGUGAAAGGCAUCGGAGCCAGAGAAGAUCAGUAUUCUUCUGAACCGUGUGACAGUAUUUUAUACUUCUUCAUACGAGUCAUAGUUUCAGUUGUCCCUUGAAGGUGUAUAUUACAAACGGCAAUAAACCUCUUAACAGUC